UCUUGUGUACCUGCGUCUGUCUAGCGUGAUUUGCGUUUUUUAGGUAGUUAGAGUAACCCGAGUGGAGUUGCCGUUAGUAAACGUUAACCCAUAAGCUAACCUAAUUUUCAACCGGCUGACAUGUCGUUGUUUAGUGUGCAAGCGAGGAAGCACACAGCCUAUUAUGACCAUCUCAUGUCCACAUCGACGGCCAAGACACCGGGCAGAGAGCGGUCGUCAGGACGGAGAGCAGCAGAAUCAACGCUGGGUAUGAGUGGGAUAACAUCGUGUGAAGACAGCAGAUCAUGUGAUAAAAGCAGACAGGUAAACAGGACCUAUGUCAUCUCUGCGCUGUCAAAAAGCGGCAGCGGACAGCUCACCCCUUACCGUGGUCACCGUCUCACCCUUCAGAGGAGGUCAAGGAGAAAGACCGGGGCUGACACAACGGAGAAAACGAUGGGUGAAAGCAGUCAGGACAGCAGCAGCAGCACCCCAGCUCCGGAGAAGAGACUGACCCUGCAGCGUAGGACCAGGGCUCCUUCAAUGGAUAAAGGCGCACAGGUGCAGCGUGGAGUCAGCGGUGCCGACACGCACCCACCACCGAAAAUCCUCGGUGAACCAAAUGGUAGGAAACCCGGCUUAUUCCGCUCCACAAGUGUGAGAGAAACUGCCUCUAAGAUCAAAGUGAGAGAGACACCAUCCUCUUCCUCUGCGUCCUCCACAGGUAGGCAGCUAGAGGACCAGGCUCAAACAUUUAAAACGCCGACCAAGAAGACCCCCUUUCAGAGAAUCGCCACCAAGAGAGACGUUUUUGAAAGGAUGGCAGGCAAAGAAGCUCCUAAACCGGUGGCAGUCAAAUCUGCAAGUCUAGAAAGGUCCAAAUCCCGAGUACAGCAACUAGCAGAGGACACUAAACCUGUCCCAGCUCCUCGGUUCAGCAAGGCGUCAGCAGGUGUGCACAGGCCCAACGCCACGCUGCAGGUGAGGAAGACAUCCACCGCUUUGUCCUCAAACUUAAAACACCUCAAAAGAGACGUGACCAGGAGCUCCACUCCUGCUCCAGAUCCCCCUGAGCAGUCCCUGUCCCGUCCCAGUGAGGCUCUGAGGCAGCACGAUUCAUUUAAGAUGGAAAACAGCGCAGUGACUGUUGCUGUCCGUGUCCGCCCUUUUAAUGCCAGGGAGAAAGCAGAAAAGGCAUCGCAGGUCAUCUUCAUGAAUGGCCAGGAGACGGUUGUCCAGCAUCCUGACUCUAAACAGAGUUAUUCCUUCACCUAUGACUACUCCCUGUGCUCGGUGGAUGAGAGUGACCCCGCCUUCGCCAGCCAGCAGACGGUGUACGAGACACUGGCCAAACCUCUGCUACUGAGGGCCUUUGAAGGAUUCAACACCUGCCUGUUUGCUUAUGGCCAAACAGGCUCUGGCAAAUCAUAUACGAUGAUGGGCUUUGGAGAACAGUCAGGGGUUAUCCCACGGUUCUGCCAGGAGCUUUUUUCUAGACUGGCCUCCAUGGAAAAUGAAGAGGUCAAAUGUCAUGUAGAGAUGAGCUACUUUGAAGUGUACAACGAGAAGAUCCAUGACCUCCUGGUGACCAGAGAUGAGCCAAACCAGAGGAGAAUGCCUCUGAGAGUGAGAGAACAUCCAGUCCACGGUCCCUACGUUGAGGAGCUCUCUGCGAAUGUUGUGAGCUCCUACCGUGACAUUCAGGGAUGGUUGGUGCUGGGAAACAAGCAGAGAGCCACAGCAGCUACAGGAAUGAAUGACAAGAGCUCCAGAUCUCACUCCGUCUUCACCCUUGUUAUGACUCAGACUAAGACGGAAUUUGUGGAGGGAGAGGAACAUGACCACAGUAUUACCAGCAGGAUCAACUUGGUGGACCUGGCAGGCAGCGAACGAUGUAACUCAGCUCAAACAAGCGGGGAUCGACUUAGGGAGGGUGCGAGCAUCAACAAAUCCUUGCUUACCCUUGGAAAGGUCAUCUCUGCCUUAUCAGAACAGGCGCUGACCAGGAAGAAGGUCUUCAUACCGUACAGAGAGUCCAUCCUUACAUGGCUGUUAAAAGAGAGCCUCGGGGGUAACUCCAAGACAGCCAUGAUUGCCACACUGAGCCCAGCAGGGAGCAAUGUGGAGGAAAGUCUGAGCACCCUGCGCUAUGCCCAGCAGGCCCGUACCAUCAUUAACAUAGCCAAAGUCAAUGAGGACACCAGUGCCAAGCUCAUCAGAGAGCUGAAGGCAGAGGUGGAGAAGCUGCGAUCGGCCCAGGCGAGCUCUCUGGGCAUCGAACCAGAGAGGGUCAGACUGUUCCAGCAGGAGAUCACCGCCCUGAGGAGCAAACUCUGUCAGCAAGAGAGAGAAAUGCUCGAGGCCAACCGGGCGUGGAGAGAUAAACUGGAAAAAGCUGAAAUUCUUAAGCGUGAAGAGACCAAAGAGCUGCAGAAAGCAGGUGUGACAUUUAAAGUGGACAACCGUCUUCCCAACUUGGUGAACCUGAACGAGGAUCCUCAGCUGUCUGAGAUGCUUCUCUACAUGAUCAAAGAGGGUCGAACCACAGUGGGCAAACUCAAGUGUGACUCCAUCCAUGACAUCCAGCUGACGGGAGCCCUCAUUGCUGACCAACACUGUAUUAUAAUCAACAUUCAGGAUACUGUCAGCAUCAUUCCCAUGGAAAACGCCAAGACCUUUGUUAAUGGAAACCUAAUCUUUCAAUCUAUUGUCCUACACCAUGGUGACAGGGUGAUUCUCGGUGGAGACCACUACUUCCGUUUCAACCAUCCAGCAGAGGUGCAGUCUGGGAAGCGUGCAUCAUGCUGGACAGGCGCAGGAGACGGCCACAAAGACUUUGAAUUUGCCAAAAAUGAGCUUGUCGCAGCUCAAAGAGCUCAGUUGGAGGCAGAAAUUGAAGAAGCCCACGUGAAGGCAAAAGAGGAGAUGAUGCAGGGAAUCCAAAUGGCCAAAGAGGUGGCCCAGAAGGAGUUGCAUGACCAGAAGGCACUUUACGAGGAGAAGAUCCGGGCCCUGGAAAAAGAUCUGAACAAGGAAAAUGAGCGGAAGCGUCUCCAUGAGCUAGACCAGCAGAGGGUGGCCAACCAGAUGGCGGAGCUGAAGGUGGCCAAGCAGGAGCUGGAGCAGGAGGUGGACACCACUAAGAAACGCCUCCGUCUGCACAUGGAGGCCCAGGUGAUGGAGGAACACCGUGUGUGUCAAGCAAGGAUUGUUGAGGCUCUGGAGGCAGAGAAGAGAAAAAUCAGCAAAGAGCUGGAGGACAUGCAGAACAGAAGAGCUGAAAGGGAAAACUACACUCCCAGAAAUGUCUCUCCACAGUGGGACGCCAUGAAGUUGUCCUUGAUGAUUGAGGAAGCCAAUAAGAUUAGCGCUAAACUGAAGAAAAACACAGUCUUUAGCAGACAUGAAAGCUCUGAUGGUGAGAACCUGGAGCAAGGUGGUGUGCUGCAGGUCCGGGUUCAAAACACAAAGCUGGGGAUCACCACUUUCUGGAGCCUCGACAAGUUCCAGAACAACAUGGCUGCCAUGAGGGAGCUGGAGCAGGGGGAUUCCACCUCUAAAGACGACGAUGUGUUUUACGGCCCUGAUGAUGAGUGGGAGCAAGAUAUAUCGGCCUCCUCUGCUUCCACCUCCUCCUUCUCACGCCGAAGGAGCAGGAGUUUGUUGAAGAGCAAGAGAAUCUCAGGGCGUCUCUAUGAGAUCCGUGUCCAUCCGAUUCAGAGCCUCCACAACAGCUCCUCACAGUCUGCUGUGUUGAUGGGUGUGGCCAAACCGCCGUCCACACAUUCCAGCACCACAGACUCUGCAUUGCCUGGCAUCUGCAAGGAGCUUAUUGGCCAAUCAGUGGCCCGUCUGCGUGGUUGUAGUGGCACAGAGGAGAGCCUGGCAGACAGGUUAGCCUCUGAUCUGCACCUGGUGUACAUGGCAGUCCAAACCAUAUCUGACCUGUACGAUAGUCUGGAUGAUGACAGUCAGGAGAACGUGUUUGUGUGUAAUUUGGUGGCUCAGACUCAGCUUAUCAAGGCCACUGCAGCCAUAGAGAGUGCAGUGUUUGUUAUGACGCAGUGGUUAGCCAUUGCGAAACCUUCCUCCGGCCUGCUCUACACCGUCGCUGAGGAACUCAAGAGCCAAGUCAAGAAGAUGGGAGGAUUCUUCCAGCUUCUCAUUCAGGGUUGUGAAUCUGAGAUCACAUCAAUGGUUACAGAGGCACGGAGGAAGAGCGGUCAGUGCUUGAAUGCAGCUUUGCUUGCACUUGGCCACCUGGUGGCGGUGACAGGCAUGCCUCUGAAUGUUAUGGAGCUGGGUGCACAGGCCACGGGCAAGCCAUCGGUGGUCAUGUCUCAUCACUCAUGUCUGCUGAAGGGGACCAACAAAGGUGUCCGCUCUCUCGUAGAGGAAGACCUCACCAUCUCCAGAGAAAUGCUGAGAGAUGCUCAGCUGGCCUAUCCCAGGAACCCAGUCCUGCAGUGCCUGAAAUCCAAGACGCUUGAUUUAGCACGUGCUCUGCAGAACUACAUGCAUUGCCAUAUUACGGAGAGAGAUAUUGACUUAGAGGAGGUGGAGGAAGGGGAGGAGGACGCCUCAGCUUCCAAUCUGCAAAAAUUGAGGACUACAGCAACCAAGUUGUUCCAGCUUAACCAAGCCAUCAAAGAGCUGCAUUCCUCCCUAUCUACCUCCCUCCGAGGUAAAGACAGAGACUCUAACCUCAGCAGCAGCAGAGAGCUGAUCUCCUCCUCUGCCAAGGCUGUUGAUGAGCUUAUCACUGGUCUGUCCAAUGAAGGAGCAGUGACGCUGUCCCUGCAGCUUCCCUGUCUUCAGACCGUCAUGGCUGCACGAGACGAACUCCACUCUGCCCUGCAGUCCCUGUCCUCCUCCUGGAGCCAACAGGUGGCAGUAGAGAGCAGAAGCUCCGCCACUUCAGACAAGAGUACAGAAGAUGAAUUGCUAACCAAAGAAAGUGUUGCCUCUCACAGCGCUGUUAGGAAUCGAGUUGUUAGUAAGAUUGUGUAUUCCUUCCCUUCAGGUGUGUCAUCCAGUGGCAGCCAGCACUGGGUUUGAUGGAUAGAUUUAUACAUCAUGUAGGACUUACUGUAAAAAUGAACUGUUGUGAC